UGGUGUGGGUUCACAGCGGAAUUUAUCGUAAGUUCAUUCUUCUAUGAGAACUUUACCCUGACAGGACCGGAAACCUGUUCUGUUACCUGAGAGAAAUAUCGCCACAUGUUGAACAGCUUUCCGGCACUUCACCAAACAUUUGAACAGUCAUUCCGGCACUUCACCAAAGACAAUGCGUGGGGAAAAUCAUUUUCAUGCAAGAUGGAGCCCCUCCACACGUUGCUGUACAGGUGCAACAGAUGCUACGACAGAAAUUCACUACAGAGUCAUUAGCAGCUACUUUCCAAUUACAUGGCCACCUCGGUCUCCUGAUCUUACCCCAUGCGACUUCUGGCUAUGGAUUUUAAGUCCAAAGUCUAUCAAGGAGUGGUCCAGGACCUGGCUACAUUGAAGGAUAACAUAUCAUGGACUGUACAGGAGAUUCCUGCAGACAUGUUAUUUUCUGCUGUUGUGCAUACUGUGCACAGAAUGCAAUAUGUGGUCCACAACAACGACAGCCACAUUGAACCUCAUUUGAAUGCAAAAUAAAAGGUAAUCUCUGUAUUGAUUUACUGUUACUAUGCUGUUACUAAAAAAAAAUGGGCCUAUUUUAUAAUCUUUAGUCUAUCAAAUAGUUCUUUGACAGUGAAAAUUCCUUUUUUCCUUUCUUAAAUUAUUAAUCGUUUCGACACGACAAUUAGCCAGAAAUUAAUUAAUUUCCAUUCACUAGUAUUUUCAAAAAAAUUUUAACAGACGGUUUCACUCCAAUAAGACCACACAGAAUACAUCCUUCAAGAAUUCCGAGUCCCACCCACUAUCAUAAAUUACUUCACCCAAGUCUUACCAACUGAUAUUAUUCAAAGCUCCCGCUGGCACUAAGAAUUUUCGGAAACACAGAGAACACUUUGCCCACUCCCCACUAGAAAGAACGAAAUAAAAAAAUGGAUCGUGAAAAAAAGCAGUUAAAGAGGUCAGCAAACAAAGUGAAACCUCUGCAUGUAUCUGAUUUUAUAGCUUUGGGUUCGAAGUCAUCAGGUCGGCAAAGUGAUUCAAGUGAGCAGAAAAAAACAAAAUCAACAUUAAUAUCUGUUUCAACAUCAGAAAGAAAGACUGAUGUAUCUGGACCAUCAUCAUCAGUACCAGUGAAAAAAGCAAAAAUUAGUUCUACUUCUAAUUUAAAACGUGUAAGUUCUGCAAGCAAAAAAGAAACUGUGAAAAGUGAUGAAUGGGAUACAGUAGCACUUGAAGUUGAAUCCACUGAUUUAGUUAACAAAGUGCUCGAAGCUGAAGAUUGUAGUGAUGAUGAAAAAGUAGAAGCACUUUUAUGUGGUGCUGUUAAAAAAUUAAAGUCUAGUCGCUCAAAAUUUGAUGCACCUUUGUUCUUAAGUUUACAAUAUUUAGCAAAAACAAAACCUUUACUUUUCUGUUCUGAGUUAAUAGUAGAAGCAUUUUGCAGUUUAUUAAAGCGAGAUUUAAGUAUUAACUUUAAAGCUAAAGGAAAUAAUUUAGUUCCAAUUUUAGCUUCAAAUAUUCUUAUGGCUGCUUAUAAAGAAGAAAGUAAUUGGCCUGAAGUUUUUGUCAAAGCUUAUGUAGAAGAUUCUCUUGCUGAAAGGGUGUGGGUUGAUCAUGACUAUUGUAAAGGCUUUGUGGACAAUAUAUUGACUGCAUUCAAGACCAAAUCUAUUCCGAAGAAUUUGAUGAUUCCUGAUCGUUUGUUUAAACCUGAAGCAUGUCCAAGCCCACCUAAUAUUGGAACAGAUGAUGAUGAAUCUUGCUCAAGUGUAAAUAUAGAAAUCCAAGAAAAUUUAGAUUCUGUUGCAGUAUUUCCUAGAUAUAUGCACAGUGAAGAAAGUUUAACUCAGUAUGUACUUGAUGUCAUUAGAGAACAAAUGACUCGCCGUCAACCCACCGAAGUAUCACGCAAUACAUUACGCUUUUUGGUGUCUACAUGUGGAAUAAGUGAAGUUCGGUUAACUGUUUCACAGAAAUUGGAAAUGUGGCUCCAAAAUCCCAAGCUUACUAAACCAGCACAAGAAUUACUGCUGGCUGUGUGUCUUAACUGCAAUCAACAUAAUCAGCAUGAUGUUGAAGUUAUUAGUCAGUUAAUAAAGAUAAGAAUAAAAGCCAAGCCAAUUAUUAAUCAUUAUCUUUUAUGCAUGAAAGAAUUGAUUUGCCAACAUCCAGACAAUUUAAACACACUAUUAAAACAUGCUAUUUAUAAUGAGCUUUCUACUUCACGUAAUCCAAACAACAUGCAGUUGCUUUCAAUCAUUUUUCAACAUUCACCUGAUAAAGCAGCAAAAGUUUUAGCAGAUGUUUUCUUGGAUUUACUGUGUAAUAGAGAUGAUUAUCUUCGAGCUCUGCGUGGUUUGCUUAGGGAAAUAGUUCGUACUGUUCGUCAUGAUUUGAAUUUUUCAGUAUUUUGCUCUGCACUUCUUCAAGAAAAAAAGGAAGCAACAUUUUUAGAGUUAGAAAUGCCACUAAAAGAAAGAGUAUUUUUAUCAAUAACAGAUUUAAUAGUUCUGGCUAUAUUUCUAGGUGUAAGCCCUGCUGUAAAAGAGCAGUUUUCCACAUGUUCCAGAGGUGAAAAAAGAGAUCUAACUCAGCUACGAAAUUAUCAACUACAAGUGUCUAAUAUACAAAGGGAUUCAGUGUAUUGGCUAUAUUCUACUGUACCAAAACUAUUUAAACCAGGCAGAAAUGAAUUUAUCCACAGCAUUCAUAAAUUACUCUUUAUGGAACAAAUAGAGCAUUAUUAUAAUAAAGAUAACUGGCCCACAGAGAGUGAGCGAAUGUUGCUGCUUCGUUUAGCAUCUGAGGUCCCACUUCUUGAGGAUACUCUAACAAGGGUCCUUAUUAUAGGACUUUCUAGGGAACAUCCUCUUACUGCACCUGAUGCAUUAGAACUCGCUGAUCAGUUAAUCAAAAGAGCUGCUAUGACUUACUGUGAUGAUUUUCCUGUUUUAGAAUUUGAAAAUACAGAACUUUGUGACCUUAUUUUCAACUUAUGUGCAUAUCAUCAUCCUGAAAAUAUUACACUUCCUCAAGGAUAUCAUCCACCAAAUUUAGCCAUAUCUGAAUUAUACUGGAAAGCAUGGACUAUGUUACUGAUCAUUAUAUGUCAUAAUCCAAGUACAUUUGGUGAUAUGGCUUGGAAGACUUAUCCCAUGUUAAGAAAUUUAAUGGAGAUGUGUAUAACUAAUCAAUUUAUCUUUCCGCCACCAACUUUGGCUCUUGGAGAAAAAGCCGAAGAAAUAAAAAAUAGAGAACUUCAAAUGAGUCAGAUGGAGAAGGAUCAGAUUUUGCUAUUUGAAACACAUUUAGCUGCUGCUUCAACUAAAGUUACAAUCACUGAAUCAAAUAGUCUUUUAUUAUCUAAAUUGAUUUCCAUGGAUCCUCAUGGCCCAGCACGGAAACCUCCAGCUGUGGUCCUGGAACAAUUAAAAGCAAUGAAUUCCAAAUUAAAAUUGGGCGAUUUGCUUUGUCACAGUCGAAACCCUGACUUUUUGUUGGACGUUAUUCAAAGGCAAGGUACAACUCAGUCAAUGUCCUGGCUAAGUGAGUUAGUUGAAUCAAGUGCAAGUUCUUUCAACAUGCUUCCUGUGCAGUGCUUAUGUGAGUUUUUAAUUAGUGAUGCUGGUUCUGUAAAUGACAGUAGUGAUGAUGGAGACAGAAGUUGUGUAAAAAAGAAAAAGAAACAAGAGCAACUACUAUUCCAUUUGCAAAAAUUGUUACAUGAGCCUGAUAGUGAACCCCAUGAUACUAUUGAGGUUAUUAGUUAUUUUAUGAAGAGAUUAAGUUCACAGCAGACAAGUGCCAGGACAUUAGCUUUGAAAGGGUUAGAUAUGCUUUUAUAUCAACCAAAUAAAUCUCCAAUCUCAGAUGACGAAGACUUACUCAGAAAAAAUGAAAUCCAUGAGUAUAAUUGGUUAUCAAAAAGCAUACCAAGUUUACCACACUUCGAUGUUAUUAGAUCUCAAAUUAGCCUAUUUUUACGUCAAGCCUGCCAGAUAGAAAAUGAUCCCCUGACUAUAGCUUCAUAUGUGACAUUUUUAGCUGUUCAUACACCUGAUCAUAAUCUUCAAGAAUUUGCAGAUUUGGCUUUAGAUAUGGCUCAGAUGAUAGUUGAGCGUCCUACCAUAGUAAAUACUAUUUUGCCUUUAGAAGGAAACUGUAAUGGACAUGGCAGUGACUUUCUAUCCUCUGUAUCUGAAAUAUUUUUUAAAUAUUUAUCUGCAGCAAAAAUCCCAUCAAAAGAAGUCUACUCUUGGUCAGAAUCACAGGAUCAAAUACUAAUUCAGUGGGCUUCUGGAGAAUCAGCAACUAUGCAUAUUUUAGUGGUUCACGCUAUGAUUAUAGUUCUUACGUAUGGACCUCCUGUUUGUGGCAGAAGAUCAUAUUUUGAUGCUUUGUUGGAAAUUUGGUUUCCAACAGACGGUGAACAACCGAAAGCUUUCUUAGUUGAUACAUCGGAAGAAGCUCUUCUUCUUCCAGACUGGUUAAAAUUGCGUAUGAUUAGAUCCUCAGUAGGUGUUUUAGUGGAUGCUGCUCUUAAAGAUUUAGACCCAUCCCAAUUAGUACUUUUUAUACAAUCUUUUGGAAUUCCAGUAUCUAGCAUGAGCAAGCUUUUGAGAACAUUAGAUUUGGCUGUGGAAUUUGACAGUUUCUCUGUCGAGCAAGCAGUGUUAGAUAAGUCUUAUAUGUCUCAGCUUGUGGAAGUCCAACACAGAAGAGGAGCAUCAGGAGGCGUAAAAUUUGCAAAAUUGUUACUGGAUGCAGAUUCUACGGAAAUGAAUACUGAUUGCGAUACUGUGCUAAAUCAGACACCGGUUAUUCAGCGUGCUCCCCCUAAACUUCCGACAGCUAUUGGGAUUGAAUCUGUUUCAAUUUCUCUUGUCAAAUUAUUAGGAUUAAAUCCUGCAUUAGGUGUUUUAAGUGCUAAACAAGAACAAGAUCUUUUUAAAGGAUUACAGAAGGCUUUAUCAAAAGACAUUUUAGAUAAGUCAUGCGAUAAUGGAGCUGUUAGUGUUUUCAUUUUAACUUGUGAGCAAAUUUUGAGAAGUGAUUCCAAAAUGGCCUUUCUUCAAGCAUUGCAUAAAAAAUCAUAUUACUCAUCAGUUCUGUUUAGGCUUGCCACAGCUUCUCAGGCUAAAGCUGAUGUAAAUAAAAGUCAGCUAGCUCAAAAGUUAAAAUGGAUUUGUCAGCAGAUCAUUUAUUUUGUUUCAGCUACAAAUUCCUCGUUAUUAACUGUAGCAUCUCAAUAUUAUAAUAAGCAUAAACCACCAGAAACUAAAAAACCAGUACCUUGGAAACUCUUCAUACAACAAUAUGCAGAUAAUCUUGAUAUCCAAAAUAUAAUGAAUGUAGUUCAGCUUGCUGAAACCAAAGAUUCUUUGAGAUUAGAGGAAGUAAUGCAGUACUUGGUGAAAAAUGCAAUUUCUAACGGUGAUACAAAACCUUUAAUGAAUGCAAUGACAAAUAUUACUCUUAAACGCUUAACAGAUAAUGCAAGUCAAAGUAUUCAGACAUUUAAGCGUUCAAAAUUUUGUUUUUUUGUUGAUUGGCUUGAAUGCUUAGAGCCAAAAAUUAUGAGUUCAUUUCCACAAUCACAAUGCCACUUGCUGUUUUCUCUGAUUGGUACACCUCACGAAUCUAUAACAGUUCCAUUUCGACCAUAUUUACUUGCCUUACUAAUUCAUCAGUCCAGCUGGGAAAUUCUUCAUUAUUACAUUCAAACCAUACUAAAUCCAGAUGCUGUAGAAAUUAAAUUUGAUCCUACGUCUGUUCUUGAUUUUCUGCAUGCUUGCAUCUACAUUCCAAAAAUCUGGCAAGGUCGUUACAAGAAAAAAAAUAAACGAGGCAAUGAGGAAGAUAUUUUAGCAUUAUCAGACUUUCAGAUAAAAUCAGUCAUAAAUUAUAUCUUAGAAGAAGCAUUAAUGAAAUGUCCCAAGGAAUCUUCAGCUUCCAUUGCAAAAGGUAUUUCUAUAAUAGAGUGGCGGAUGAAAUUGCUUUUGAAAUGUUUAGCAUUACGUAGAUCUUUAAUAAAUUCAUCUGUUCAACACUUACUUCAAAUAAUAAAAGAAGAUGGUAUAAAAAGUAAACUAGGCAGUGAAUUAUUACUUCAAACAUAUCAUCAGAUACCUGCUGUUCUUACACUUAUAUCAGAUUGUUUGUCCUUUUUAUCUGAAGGAUCUAAUGCUGCAAAGACAAGUCAUUGCAAUUUGGAUGUAAUUUCUCAUACAUUAUUGAUUUCUCUUGCUAGAACUGAUUCAAGUAAGCACUGUAUAUCUAAAAUGGCUCGUAUAGAAUUUAUUUGUAAAAAAAUGGCAAGUUCACAUCCUGUGCUACUAUUGAGGCAGUUGCCUAUGAUGACAGCUUUGUUGAGGGGCAGAGUUCAUUUGGAAUAUCCAUUGUUUCGUCAACAAAAUCAUGUUACUCUCUUUGGUUGUUUUUUAAGCAUUUUAGAAUUGUUGCCUCCCUUUUUGUUCAAGUCUGAAUAUUGUAGUGAUUUACAUAAUAUUCUUUCUUUAUAUAUGGAUGUCUUUCAAACGUAUGGAACUCCUAAAGAAAUUCUCCAGUUAUUGAACAGAUUCUUCUCAUUUCUACUGCAGUACCUUGCUGCAAAACCUGCUUAUGCACGGCAGUUUAUUCAACAAUAUAUUGACACUCUGCAGGAUUUAGCAUCACAACAUCAAGAUUUAGCUAGUCUUCGAUCAAUUCUCACAGGUUCUUGUAUGCAUUACUGGGCUGCUCCUGGAACAGCUUCAGGAUCAGAGGAGAAAAUGGAAGCCUCCAUCCAUGAUGUCAUAGCAGGUCUUCAGUUUCAGUCUAAUGUGUCACAAACUCAUUUAUCAACAAUCAUUACUAGAUUAACACAAGGUAGUUCAGAAGAUAUUUCUGUUGCAUUACAAGAGUUGGAAAGUAUAUCAUAUAAAAAACCAGCUGUGUUAGAGCAUGUAGUUGAUAAUUUGAAAUCUCUGAUGCAUGAUACCAAUGUCCAGUUUCGCAUGUCCGCUUUUAAUCUUGUUAUGCGUUAUGUUAAAAAUAAUCCUAAUCGAGGAUUAACAUUUAUUUCCAGCUACCUUCAAUGUCUAGAGAGUGAACGAGUUGAUAUUGUGCUUACUGCUUUGGAACAUCUUCCAGAAUUUGUUGUUCUUGUUCAAGAAUAUGCUACAGUUCUGUUACAGAAAACUUUUAGCGUUGGUAUUAUGAAAAACAUAAAUACAGCACCUCAAAUUCGUGGAACUAUUGCAUAUUUAGUAGCGCAGAGCGGCUGUUAAUUGUAAAUAGUUUCAUAUGCUUUUAAUUCAUAACUAACUCAUAUACCUUUUUUUCUUUUGUUUUAAAAAAUAAUGCUAUAAUAGAAAAUUAAAGUUAUAAAAUAAUGUCCUGGUA